GCCUGAAAGGAGUGGAAUGCAUUUUCAUGAUUUCAGAUUUGGAUUGGAUUGGAAGUGAAAAUUGGCAGAAAAUACAAAGGCUUGGCUGUUUUAUGAGACUUUGAGGAAUCAGUUUUUUUUUCAUCUUGCAUUUUUUUCCGAUCAGCAGACAGACUGUGCCAGAAUGGAAGAAGAACAAACAAACCUGAUCAUAAAUUACCUUCCUCAGUCAAUGCAAGACGAGGAAUUUCGGUCCCUGUUUGAAAGCAUUGGACCAAUCAAAUCCUCUAAAAUUGUACGAGAUAAGAACACAGGGUAUAGCUAUGGCUUUGGCUUUGUUGAUUAUCAUAGCCCAAAAGAUGCAGCAACUGCCAUCAGCCAAUUAAAUGGAUACCGUGUUGAACACAAGGUUCUAAAAGUGGCAUAUUCUCGCAGAAAUGAAGAGGAAUCCAAAGGAACCAAGCUUUACCUGCAGAAAUUGCCCCUUCAUUACACUGAGGAGGAAGUCACAAAUUAUUUGUCAUCAUAUGGCAAUAUUGUUCAAGUUCGAGUUGUUACAGACCGUGCAACAGGCCAGUCCAAAGGGAUAGGGUUCAUUUUGUUCUCAAAAAGGUCAGAGGCAGAGGCAGCCAUUACUGAUCUAGAUAACAAAGUGCCUCCAGGUGGAACCCAGCCAAUGAGAAUCAAGUUUGCUGAUGACAAUGCCAAAAAAGUUAAACCACCUCCUCAAUAUGACUAUUACUCACAGCCUCCAUAUCCAGUGCAUGGGGGGUAUGGGGAGGGAAUGGAAGGGUCUCGGGGUCCCAUGAGAAAUCCAGGGAGUCGGUUCAGGUUUAACCCCAUGGGAAACAAUAGUAACUACAGUGGGGCCUAUGGAGGGACAAGCAGUGGGUAUGGGGCCGACUAUUAUAGUCCUCCUUCCCAGGGCGGGGGAUAUGUCUUGUUUGUGUAUAAUAUUGGUCCGGAGGCUGAUGAGAAAACCCUCUGGCGCAUGUUUUCUCCUCUUGGAACCGUUACUAAAGUCAAUGUUAUAAUGGAUCAUCAGAAAAAUCAGUCUAAAGGUUACGGUUUUGUUACCAUGCCAAAUUAUGAGGAGGCUGAAUAUGCAAUCCUCAACAUGAAUGGAUACUGCUACAAUGGAAGAGAAUUGGCCGUGUCAUUUAAAAGCUAGACUAUCUUGAACUGUCUUAAAAUUUGACUACUUUUAUUAAUUGUUCUUGGGUCAUUCAUUUAUUUGUGUUUUUCAUAGAUUUUAAUCAAGUGUAUUAGUAUUUUGUUGAAUUUAACAAUUCAUGCUGUUUUUUCUUGAUAUACAUGAUUUUUUUUUUGAUACUGAAAAUGUUGCAUUUAAUUUUUUGUAGUUUUUGGUGUCCCAGUUGUCAGAAAGAAGUGAUUUGUUAUAGAGGACAAGGCUUUAUACUGUGCAGCAUUCUUUCUGAUGACUGGGUACAGAAUGAGUUUCAUGUACGACCACUAUCAGAGAACUUGUGUACUGUUUUUAAUACAUUCUUAAGUGUCACUUGUCUAGGGUUGAGGUUGUUAGGUUGUGUAAAGCAGGAUUUGACACACUGCAAGAAUUUCUUCAGUCCUGUUUGCUACUUAUAUUAUCUGUUAGAUGUACAAGCUUAGAGUUGACACUUCUAUGAAAAUAAUAUUCUCAAGAGUAAAAAAUUAAAAUAUUUAAACUUCGUUAAGAGUUGUAAUUUUUUGGUGAAUUAUUGAAUAAAGUGGACACUGAAUAAUGCACUAUGUUAAAAAUUUCCUUCGGAGGAAGAAAAUGUAGAAUAAUUUCCCUACCUCUCUAUUCAUAAGCAUACAUGACAGAGGUUUAACUUAUUGUGGUGUGUCAGGCUCUGUAGGAAUUUUUUUCCUGUAAUUGGAAAAUAUUUUAUAUUUUGUUUUUCAUAUUUAAUACUUGUAGUUUUAAAUCACACUGUCCUUGAGGAAAAAUUGCAAACUUAAAGAUGUGAAUUUGCCAAAAUGACAGUUGCUUGAUUAUGCAUUAGUUCUUGCUUUGGUAUAAUGAACUCUUGUGCAGUUGCUGUAUUAAAGCAUAUUGAUGUACAAGUAAUUAAUAAAGUUGACAGUAUUUGUUCAGAA